AUGACAUCAAUCGAUAAUCGAUUAAAUUAUUCAGGUGCUCUCGCUGGGCGCCGAUGUGCUGCCGGAGUACAAGCUGCAGCCGACGCGCAUCCACCAUUGCACCAUCGUGCAUUACAG